AUGAACGAUACAAUAAUAGGAGCUUUCUGUGUCUCUGGGAUCUACUUUUUUUUUAUUUUAUAUGGAAUCGUACAAGAACGAAUCCAUACUUUGGGUGAUAGAAAAGUCGGUGAUAACUUCAAUUAUAGCUUGUUUUUAGUCUUUUGUUUUUGUUUGGUGAACACGGUUGUAAGCUUUGGAAUUAUUCAAAUAGAAAAAUGGAGAACCAGAUCGAGAAGAGAAAGCACUCAUGUUAAAAAUAAAAGUUCCAAAAAUAUUGACGCAAUAUCAAUAUCUGGUUUAUCGUUUGAAUGCAUUUUCCAAAUUAUGUUGACUUCAGCAACAUAUCUAGCUGCGAUGGUUCUAACAAAUCUUGCAUUAGGAAAGGUCAAUUAUCCAACUCAAGUUCUUGUAAAAUCUGCAAAAUGUGUUCCAAUCAUUGUUAUUGGAACCUUAUAUUUCAAAACUAAAUAUCCUUGGUAUGACUACUUGGCAGUAAUAGUUAUCACUAUUUCCCUUUCUUGUUUUAACAUGAUGCAAAUAAAGACUAAUAAGGUAGGGACCGUUCAAACUCUUUCAGGAGUGUCACUUCUUGGAUUGUCUUUAUUAUGCGAUGGUCUCACAGGCCCUAGACAAGAUAAACUUAUCAAAAAAUACAAUGUUACGUCCAACGUCCUGAUGUUUUAUACUAACUUAUUUGCAACAAUCAUAUGUGGUCUUUUGUCCAUAAUAUUUGAAGGGCAAAAACCUUAUUUAUUUAUUUCUAGAUUCCCCUCAACCCCAUACUAUAUACUUUCUCUAUCUUUAACAGGUACAUGUGGGCAAUUCUUUAUAUUCCAAUCACUCAUUAGAUUUGGUUCUCUAUAUUUGGCGAUCAUUACUACAACUAGAAAGUUUUUUACUGUUUUGGUUUCUGUUGUUAUUUUUGGACACAAAUUAUCGUUUGGUCAGUGGCUAUGUGUUUCUGCAAUAUUCAUUGUUUUAGGAAUACAAACGGUUUUCUCCAGAAAAAAUAAGGAAAAAUUAAAAACUAAAUAA